AUGAACAAUAUAAAUGUUAACUUUCAAUAUUUUGACGGCAGAAGAUUUCAUAAUGUUAAAAGCUCAAAGUAUUUAUUACCUAAUGAUAAACAAGAGUGUGAUAGAUUACUAUUACAACAUCUGAUGUGGCAAAAUUCCUGGAAUGGUAACUUUUCCGCUCCUGUCAAAAAUAUUCUUGCAAACAAAGGUUCUAAAGUUCUUGAUGUAGGUUGUGGACCUGGAGUCUGGACUCUUGAUAUGGCAACUAAUUUUCCUGAAGUUCACUUUACUGGUGUAGAUUUUGCUCCAAUUCAACCAAAUGAAAAUAAUCCAGAAAAUGUUACCUUUAUCCAAACGAAUGCAUUAGAAGGCUUACCGUUCGAAGAUAAUACUUUUGAUUACGUAUUUCAGCGAUUUUUAAAUGUUGGAUAUCCUAGAGAUAAAUGGGUCUUUAUUAUAAAUGAAUUGGUUAGAGUGUUAAAGCCUGGAGGUUAUUUAGAGAUGAUGGAAGAUGAUAUUGAACCUGGAAACAUGGGGAUUAUGACAAAUAAAUUAGUGACAGCCAUGAUCGAUGAUUUAGAAAGUAAUGGGCUGGACACAAAAAUUUGUUACAAGUUACAAAAGAAUUUAGAACAAAAUAAAAUGCUCAAGAAUAUUUGUUGUGAACAAAGAAUUAUUGAUUCAAACACUACUGAUAUUGGUAACAUGCAUAUUACAAAUUGUAUUGAACAAUUUCAAGGAUUUAAAAUAAAAAUUUCAAAGCUUCAAAAUAUUAUAGAUAAUGAAUUUGAUAAAAUUCUUGAUGCCGUCUAUGAAGAAUUUAUUGAAUUUAAUUCUUUCACUCUUACUAAACGUGCUUACGCUCAAAAGAUUGAAGAGAUUUAA